UCACCCACAGGCGGCACGAUGGCGAUCGAUACGGCAGAGAAAUGUUCAGAGUGAGAUAUUUUAGAAAGACCUCGGCAUGCGUUGGAACAAAGACACAGUCAUAGGGCUGACGGCCUCGACGAGAGACUUUCGUGAAACCUGAAAUCCGGUAUAACAGUCAAGGUAUCGCCAUGAAUCACCAGCUGCUGGCAAACAUCUAGACGUGUUCAGCACAAUAGUCAAAUAUGUUCACCUUCUUCUGGGCUGAUAUCCCUUAAUACAAGCUGCUAUGGCUUUUUGUAAUGAAAGCCUGCUGGAGGAGUGUGACUUCCCAGAGCCAGAUGUAGAGGAAGCAGCAGAAAGCCUCCCAUCAGAAGCUGCCACUCCUCUCAUAUCAGUCACUCUGCGUGUGACCCUGGCAGCCAUAAUGAUCUUCAUGAUUACUAUCGGUUUCCUUGGCAAUGCAAUCGUGUGUUUGAUUGUUUACCAGAAACCUGCCAUGCGCUCUGCUAUCAAUCUCCUCCUUGCCACGUUGGCCUUUUCUGACAUCAUGCUCUCUCUGCUCUGCAUGCCCUUCACUGCUGUCACUGUGGCCACAGCUGACUGGAACUUUGGGAGCGGGUUCUGCCGAGCCUCCAUCAUGCUGUAUUGGCUGUUUGUCCUGGAGGGGGUGUCCAUUCUCCUAAUAAUCAGUGUAGACCGUUUUCUAAUCAUUGUGCAACGUCAAGACAAGCUGACACCACACAGAGCAAAACUGUUGAUAGCAGGUUCAUGGGUGUUGAGCCUGUGUGUUUCCCUGCCGUCUGUAGUUGGAUGGAGGACAGGUGCAGCAGGUAUUGGUGGUGCCUGGGCACCACAAUGUGUUCUGGGUUACAGUGAGUCCCUUGCAGACCGUGGAUACACAGUGCUUUUGGCUGUGGCGGUAUUCUUUGUACCAUUUGCUGUCAUGCUGUACUCUUACAUGUGCAUCCUCAACACAGUGCGCCGCAACACCCUGCGCAUCCACAACCACACCAGCGAGCAUUCCUGCCUGCCAGCCCUCAACCAAGUCAGCAAAAUGAGACUUACUGGGCUGCAGCGGCCACCUCAGAUCAAGGUGGACAUGAGCUUUAAAACCCGAGCCUUCACUACUAUACUUAUCCUCUUUGUUGGCUUCUCGGUGUGCUGGUUGCCUCACACAGUGGUCAGCUUGCUGGCUGUCUUCAGCCGCGAGUUCUACUACAGCUCCGUCUUCUACCCAAUAAGCACAGGAGCUCUGUGGCUGAGCUACCUGAAGACAGUGUUCAACCCUGUCAUCUACUGUUGGAGGAUCCGAAAGUUCAGGGAAGCCUGUCAGGAGUUCAUCCCUAAAAGCUGCAGACUGUGUCCCCGAGUACCAGGCAGGAGUCACAGAAGAGUGAGACCCAGCAACAUUUAUGUGUGCAGCGAGACCCAGUCAGCUGUAUGAAAGGAUGAGGACUGGGUUGAUCCAUUACUGGAACAGCUGCCAACUGUUCUCAUCUUUCAUCUGUCCUGAAAAGAAGAUGUUCAUUUUAAAACAUUGUAUUUACUGUGGAAAAAUAAUAUCACCACGAAGGAACUCUGUAAAAAUAUAACAGAGUGUGUUGAAGAAGGCAACAUAAAAUGCUCAAAAUGUCCAGAAUAGCUGCUAAAAAGACCAGGUGGUGAGAUUUAUUUGUCUGCUGUUUGUUCAGCUGACUCUCUGACCUUAGCCAUUCAAGCUGUUUUCAAUCUUCAGUCAAUUGUUUAGCUUGCCAUCAUAAAUUAUUAUUCUGUUGUUUCAGACUGUAAACUCAAUUCCCACCCAGAUAACCAACUGAGAUGUAAUGGAUAAAAUACUUUUGUGGUGAGUGAUGUGGUGAGUUCUUCAGAAAAAAAACAUACAGUAUU